AUUUUGGUCCCACCUAAAGCAGACAGACCCGCUUUACUUUAGGUUACCGGAGAUGGAAGGAACCGAGCCGACGGAGAGUGUUUUAGCCACCUGGAUCCUUUGAAUCCCUCCUUAAAAUAACCAGCAGUGACACUCGAUGCCACGUUUUUCUUCUAAACGGAAUUCUUAGGUGGAGGGGAAAAAAAGAAAAGAAAGCCUGUGGCGAAUUUUUGGAAGUAACGACCGACAGCGCGUUCACGUCAGUUUAGUUGGCUUGACUGAGUCAAACCCAAACGGACACUAGUUUUGUUUGCCUAUCGAGUCAAACACAGGCCAUGAACGGUAUUCAUACGCCAUGUAAAUACAGAAAACUAGCAUAUUCUACUCUUUAGUGAGUUUUUUCCGCUCCUUAACAGCUCAGGUGCUCGGCUCUAACACGUCCGGUCUGGUCUGAAAAUUGUCACGAUCCAUGCCGAGACUGUUUCUCUGGAGAGAGCUGAAAAGCAAAGCAAUAAUUUCUUUUCUCGGUGGUCGGGCUGAAGAUUGUGGAUUUUGGACACCAGACGACGACUGUUUAAGGAAGGCUGUAUAAAAGAUGUCAACAAAAACCCCUUUACCGACGGUCAAUGAGAAGGUGACGGAAAGUCACACGUCUCACACCAACGGGCGGACGGAGCUCAGCACUCGCUCCAGCCGGACCGGCGUGCGAUCCCGCAGCUCCGAUGAACCGCAGCAGCCCCACGUCGGCAACUACCGGCUGCUCAAAACCAUCGGCAAGGGCAACUUCGCCAAAGUUAAACUGGCUCGGCACAUCCCCACCGGCAGAGAGGUGGCAAUUAAGAUAAUAGACAAGACGCAGCUGAACCCAAACAGCCUUCAGAAGCUCUUCAGAGAGGUCAGAAUAAUGAAGAUCUUGAAUCAUCCCAACAUAGUAAAACUCUUUGAGGUAAUUGAGACGGAGAGGACGCUCUACCUGGUGAUGGAGUACGCUAGCGGAGGAGAGGUGUUUGACUACCUGGUUGCACAUGGAAGAAUGAAGGAAAAAGAGGCCAGAGCUAAAUUUAGACAGAUUGUAUCCGCGGUGCAGUACUGCCACCAGAAGCACAUUGUUCACAGAGACCUCAAGGCUGAGAACCUGCUCCUCGAUGCAGACAUGAACAUCAAGAUCGCUGACUUCGGCUUCAGCAACGAGUUCACUGUGGGCAACAAGCUGGACACGUUCUGCGGCUCCCCGCCGUACGCAGCGCCCGAACUUUUCCAGGGGAAGAAGUACGACGGGCCGGAGGUGGAUGUCUGGAGUCUGGGUGUCAUCCUGUACACGCUGGUCAGCGGCUCACUGCCCUUUGAUGGACAAAACCUCAAGGAGUUGCGGGAGCGUGUACUCAGAGGAAAGUACCGCAUCCCUUUCUACAUGUCCACAGACUGCGAGAACCUCCUCAAACGCUUCCUGGUGCUCAACCCGACCAAACGCGGUACUCUCGAGGUGAGGGAGGACGCAGAAAAUCAAAUCAUGAAGGAUCGAUGGAUCAAUGCAGGAUUUGAAGAAGAUGAACUGAAGCCUUACACAGAACCAGAACUUGACAUCUCUGACCAGAAGAGAAUAGAUGUGAUGGUAGGCAUGGGCUACAACCUGGAGGAUAUCCAGGACUCUCUGGCCAAGAUGAAGUACGACGAGAUCACCGCCACAUACCUGCUGCUGGGCCGGAAGGCCUCCGAGCUGGAGCCCAGUGAGUCGGCCUCCAGCAGUAAUCUGUCUCUGGCCAAACCCCGGCCGAGCAGCGAGCUCAACGGCCAGUCGCCCUCCCACCUCAAAGUCCAGCGGAGCGUCUCGUCCAACCACAAACAACGGCGUUAUAGCGAACAAGUUGGUCAUAACGUCCCUCCAGGAAUGUCUCAUCCGAAGAGGAGUCAGACCACCACGGGGGACAACAGCGUGAAAGAGGAUGGUGGAGUCCAGCUCCGUAAACCCAGCACCCCCGGGAGCCGUGGCGCUCCACCCUCCAGCCCUCUCCUGGGCAACGCCAACAACCCCAACAAAGCCGACAUCCCCGACCGCAGGAAAGGAGCCACCACCGGCCCGAGUAAUAACACUGCGUCUGCAGGUAUGACCAGAAGGAACACGUAUGUCUGCAGCGACCGCAACAACACGGACCGCCUCUCGGUCAUCCCCAACGGGAAGGAGAACAGCGUUGCCGUAUCGCCCGGCGGGCAGAGGAAUCCGGUGGCUUCGACCCACAGCAUCACCAACGCCACCACGCCCGAUCGCCUCCGCUUCCCCCGAGGCACCGCCAGCCGCAGCACCUUCCACGGCGGCCAGCUAAGAGACCGCCGCACGGCCACAUACAACGGGCCGCCGGCCUCGCCGACGCUCUCCCAUGAUGCCACCCCUCUCUCCCAAACCCGCAGCCGUGGAACCAGCAACCUCUUCUCCAAACUGACAUCCAAACUCACCCGCAGAAACAUGUCAUUCAGGUUUACCAAAAGAGUCUCCACCGAGUUUGAGAGAAACGGGAGACUUGAGGGCUCAAGUCGCCAUGUACCUGGGGAUCAAAAAGGGGAAAAUAAAGACGGUAAACCCCGCUCCCUCAGAUUCACUUGGAGUAUGAGAACCACCAGCUCCAUGGAGCCUUGCGAUAUCAUGCGGGAGAUUCGCAAGGUGCUCGACGCCAACAACUGCGACUACGAACAGCAAGAGAGUUUCCUGCUUCUUUGCGUCCACGGAGACGGGCGAGCUGAAAACCUGGUACAGUGGGAGAUGGAGGUUUGCAAGCUGCCCCGUCUCUCCCUCAACGGCGUCCGGUUCAAAAGGAUAUCUGGGUCAUCGAUUGCUUUCAAAAACAUUGCUUCCAAAGUUGCCAACGAGUUAAAACUAUGAACAAAAGGGUUUAAAAGUAUACAUAUAUAAAUAUAUAUAUCGAGAGGUAUUUAAGCUGUACAAUCAUCCAAGUAGCAGUUUCGAAAUGUCUCCUUUUUUAAACAAAAAUACAGAGUAUGUAUUGAAUAUUAUAAUGUAUAGAUAAAGGCUUUUGGCAAUAAUCACUGAAUUACCUACUAAUAUCUCAGUCUGUUCUGACCACACAGGCUCGACAUUUAACAAGUUAAAUAUGAUUUGUCAUGUUGUGAAUGUGGACAAAAAAGCAUUUCUGGUCUUAUUUAUUUCAUCUUUUGUUUUUCUCUCUCCUGGAAAAAAGGAAAAAGACGUAGCGUUCUGUUUUCUGUGUAAAUAAUGUAUCUUACUUUAAAGAUGGCUUCACCACAAUACUCAUUUGUUUUCUUUUUCCAUUUUUUUUCUUUUUGUAUUUUGAUGAAAGGUCAAGAUGAUGGUCCAUGUAAAUGCCCACAUGGUUAAGGGUCACUCAUGUCUCAAUUAAAGUGUCUGUCAACUUGAA